CAUAAGAACCACAACACUUGUUGAAGCCACCAACUUCAACAUUAUCUGGACCGUUAAAUCAAUCAUUCUUUUCAUCGGAUUUUCCAUACUACUCUCUUUUCCGGUCACCGGCUUCUUCACCUGAAAACUUCCACAAGAGAUAGAGGGUUUCUGAUUCAACGUACGUUUAAAUUUUGCCUUAGACGGUUCAAAACUUCAAAUUGUAGCAGAAGCUUUUAAAGAAACAGAUCAAGAACAGAAAGAGAGAGAGUUUUCUUUUUAGCUAGAAAAGAAGAUGGAGAAUGUAUUGAAUCCAGAUGAAAACGGAGAUAGAGUUUAUCAUCAAUCAUCCAUUGACCCAAAUGAUAAUUCAACAUCAGAAACUCCGGUUUCAUUGACGAUGAGCAUGGAUUCUUUUGUUUACCCUCGAACUUGUUCAGAGAGCACUUCAGGCUUCUCAGACCAAAUAGAUGAAACCAGCAGCUCCUGUAGUGAACCUUCUCCUUCUGAUUGGCCUGUCCUCACUGAAUCUAAGAGCUCUAAAUGUCUCACUACUGGUUUAGAACUUCAAACAAAUGAAAUUCGUGAAGCUCAAGAAAUCUCAGAACCAGAACUUGAGACAAUGAAGGAAAGAUUCGCAAAGCUUCUACUUGGAGAAGAUAUGUCAGGAAGUGGUAAAGGAGUUUGUACUGCUGUGACCAUCUCAAAUGCUAUUACCAAUCUUUAUGCUACAGUGUUUGGUCAGAAUCUGAGAUUAGAGCCGUUAGAAACAGAGAAGAGAGCGUUGUGGAAGAGAGAAAUGAAUUGUCUUUUAUCGGUGUGCGAUUACAUAGUUGAGUUCAUUCCUAGAUGUCAGAGUCUAAGCAAUGGAACUACUGUUGAGGUGAUGGAGAGUAGACCAAGAGCAGAUAUCUAUAUCAACUUACCUGCAUUGAGAAAACUAGAUUCCAUGCUUAUGGAAGUGUUGGAUGGUUUUCAGGACACAGAGUUUUGGUAUGCAGAAGAAGGAAGUCUGUCAAUGAAGUCUGCACGUUCUGCCACUGGAUCCUUCAGGAAAGUUAUAGUACAGAGGAAAGAAGAGAAGUGGUGGUUACCAGUUCCUCUUGUUCCUCCAGAAGGUUUGUCAGACAAAGCAAGAAAACAACUCAAGAACAAGAGGGAGAGUACUAAUCAGAUACACAAAGCUGCAAUGGCUAUCAACAGUAGCAUCCUCAGUGAAAUGGAGAUUCCAGAGUCUUAUAUGGCUACUCUUCCAAAGUGUGGUAAAAGCAGUGUUGGUGAUUCAAUCUACCGCUACAUGAGUGGUUCUGGUCGGUUUUUCCCAGAGAAACUCUUAGAUUGUCUGAACAUAGCAUCUGAGCACGAAGCUGUGCAGUUAGCAGAUAGAGUAGAAGCUUCAAUGUACACAUGGAGACGCAAAGCUUGUCUAAGUAACUCUAAGAACUCAUGGAACAUGGUGAAAGAUCUUAUGUCAACUACCGAGAGAACAGACAAGAACUAUGUAAUGGCAGAGAGAGCAGAAACUCUUCUCUUCUGUUUGAAACAGCGUUACCCAGAGUUGUCUCAGACAUCAUUAGAUAUAUGCAAGAUCCAGUACAAUAAGGAUGUUGGGAAAGCAGUGUUGGAGAGCUAUUCAAGAGUACUUGAAGGUUUAGCUUUUAACAUAGUUGCUUGGAUUGAUGAUGUUCUUUAUGUAGACAAAACCAUGAGCGGUAGUGAAUAAGUUGUUUAACUUUUGACUUGAGUUUUUUUCUGUUUCUUCUUGUCCUUCUAUUCUCAUCUUCUGUAGAUCAGAUAGAUCAAUGUAAAAUCUAUUUUAUAAAAGUUUCC